UCAUGCACAAAAUUGCUCAAGAGGGGGAGUAGCUAUGUCACCUUUACGAAGUUAUAAAGGCAAUCUGUUAUCUGUACUGGAUCAGUAUUGUCCUAGUUAUGCUGGAUACACUGCUUUUACACUGAGGAGAUCAACGUGAAUCACAAUGGAUUCCAAUUUCGACUUCAAUUAUGAAGAAAUUGAUGACUACAGCUAUGACAAUAACAGCAUCAAUAAUAAUUCAUUAACUGAGGAGAUUUCUUUUAAAGUCCACACUACAUGUUUCACUGAGGUUAUGUGCCUGUUGUUGCUGGUGGUCAACGUGAUUAUCUUUUUGCUGGGCAUUGGAGGAAAUGGCGUGGUUAUCUGGAUUGCGGGUUUCAGAAUGAAGAAGUCAGUCAAUACCACCUGGUACCUGAGUUUGGCUGUUUCUGACUUUAUAUUUUGCUCCUUUUUGCCUUUCAACAUCGCAUACAGCGUAACUUCAGACUGGAUCUUUGGUCUCUUCAUGUGUAAGUUCACGUCCUUCGUCAUGUUCCUCAACAUGUUCAGCAGCAUCUUCCUCCUCGUCAUCAUCAGCGUGGAUCGGUGCGUAGCUGUAAUAUUUCCUGUUUGGGCCCAAAAUCACCGUAGUGUCGGAAAAGCAUCGUUCAUAAUUGUGCUCGCGUGGUUUGUCUCUGCGGCCUUAAGUGUUCCAUCAAUCGUAUAUCGCGAUGUCCAGCAUCACUUGGGUAUAGGCCGAUGUAUGAACAACUACACGUCCAGCCCGUACACCCACGAAAUCAUUGCUAUGAGUCGAUUUGUUUUUGGAUUUGUGAUUCCAUUCCUUCUCAUCAUCGUCUGUUACACCGUCAUCAUUCUCCGACUCAAAGCUUCCCAAAUAGCAAAGUCCAGCAAACCGUUUAAAAUUAUGACGUCACUCAUCGUCACCUUCUUCCUGUGCUGGGCCCCGUACCACGCGUUUGUGCUCAUUGAACUUUACAAAAGCUUCCUUUCUAAUGACAUCAAAACUAACGGCUUGAGAAUUGGAACCACGGUCGCUGCCGCAAACAGCUUUCUAAACCCUGUCUUGUAUGUAUUCAUGGGAAGUGAUUUCAGGAAGAAAUUCAAGAGCUCCGUUUUCUCGAAGAUUGAGAAUGCUAUUGGAGAAGAAGGACGAACGAUGAGCCGCUACCUGUCUCGCUCAAGCUCGGUAGAUGCCAAGGCAUCCACGCAUAUCUGAAGUGUAACUGAUCAUGCAUAUAUGUACAAGAAUAAUAGUAUAACAGAAAGUAUUGUAUUACUUGCUAAUGUAAGAUGGACUGUCUGGCUCGCUAUAAUGUAAAUAUAUUUUUAUGCAA